UUUGUCUGCAAUGAUAUUUGAUUUUGAUUUUCCCCACAAAAUUGAAGGCAGAAAAAGGGGCUUUCCUUUUACCUGUUGUAUUUAUUUAUUUAUUUAAAUUUCGUUUAAAAACAGAAAUUAUUUAUAGAAAAAAGAAAAAAAAAUGGUGAGAGAUUCGAUCUGAGGACCAAAGCCUGAGCGACAGUUGGAUAUAGAGAGAGAGAGAAUAAGAGAGACAAUCGGGGGACUUCAAUCGACGAGCAAUUUGAGCUGAAUCGACGUCGUUUUGUGGGGGGAGUUCUCAUUUUGUCUGAAUAAUUGUCAGAACAACUCAGAUUCAGUUCUGGACCUUCUGGUUCGUCCACUUUCACGACGAAACACAACGAGCUCCACUUUGCUGGCGAAACCCUACUCCAUACGUACUCGGUACUCCCGCUGAUAAUUCUUCAGGAAUUGUUUCUUAUUUUUUCCUAAGACAUCAAUCAUUGCCAUCAGCGUGCACCAUAUAUGAUAAACACUCAAGUUGGUCUUGUGAGAAUAGUGGGCAGUUCAAAGUCAGGCAGCGUUAGUCUGCACUAUUGAUGACGUUACUAGAUAUGGCUUUGUGCUCUCAGUGCUAAUUCCUUCUAAAAGUGCUUCAGAUUGAUACCUUUCUUUUGUCUUACGGUUUCCUGCUCAAUUGAAUGGUAGCAAGUUCUAUCCAGAAUUCUUGUCAGUGUAUGUAAUUAUAUUGUCGCCUAUUGUAUAACUAGCUAGUGCUGUUUUAGAGUUCCUGAAAUUAAUUAGGUCAUAAAUGGAAGCAUUUGGUGAAAGAAAUAUCUGAAUGGAGUUACUGGAUGAACAUGCAAUUUUGUGUUGAACCAAGGGAAAAUGCUAUCAAAUUGGAAUCCCUGUAUUAAUUUGAUGCUUAUUUCCUUUGGGUACACUUUAUUCAUGUUCUUUGGGAUAUCUAGAAGUAAAGAGGGUUUCAACAGUGUGAUAUAAGAAGAAAGCAUGGAGUAUGCAUCAGACAAAAGAUUUCCUCUGGAUGCAAAAGAUUAUAAGUUAUAUGAAGAAGUCGGUGAAGGUGUUAGUGCUUCUGUGUACAGGGCACUCUGUAUACCACUUAAUGAGAUAGUUGCUAUCAAGGUUCUUGAUCUGGAAAAGUGCAAUAAUGACCUGGAUGGUAUCCGGAGGGAGGUACAUACGAUGACUUUGAUUAAUCACCAAAAUUUAUUACGAGCACAUUGUUCGUUCACUGCUGGCCACAGCCUUUGGGUCGUGAUGCCAUAUAUGGCUGGGGGAUCCUGCCUGCAUAUAAUGAAAUCUGCAUAUCCUGAAGGUUUUGAAGAGCCUGUUAUUGCGACUUUAUUGCAUGAGGUUCUAAAAGCUCUUGUAUAUCUACAUGCUCAUGGCCACAUCCAUAGAGACGUGAAGGCUGGGAAUAUUUUAAUUGACUCUAAUGGUGCAGUCAAGUUAGGUGACUUUGGAGUGUCAGCAUGCAUGUUUGAUACUGGAGAUAGACAGCGUUCCAGAAAUACUUUUGUUGGAACUCCGUGCUGGAUGGCUCCUGAAGUUAUGCAGCAAUUGCAUGGCUAUGACUUCAAAGCAGACAUCUGGUCAUUUGGAAUAACAGCACUUGAGCUUGCUCAUGGCCAUGCCCCAUUUUCCAAGUAUCCACCCAUGAAAGUUUUGCUGAUGACUUUACAAAAUGCACCCCCAGGCCUUGACUAUGAAAGAGACAGGAGAUUUUCAAAGUCUUUCAAAGAGAUGGUAGCUGCUUGCUUAGUGAAGGAUCCAAAGAAACGUCCAACUUCAGAGAAGCUUUUAAAGCACCAUUUUUUCAAACAUGCACGACCAGUUGAUUAUCUGGCUCGUACUAUUCUUGAUGGCCUUUCUCCACUAGGUGAUCGUUUUAGGAUGCUGAAGGCAAAAGAAGCUGAUCUCCUUGUGCAGAAUAAGGCUCUGUAUGGGGAUAAAGAACACUUAUCGCAGCAAGAGUAUAUCCGAGGAAUCAGUGCCUGGAAUUUCAACCUUGAGGAUUUAAAAAAUCAAGCUGCCCUUAUUCAGGAAGAUGGCAUGCCCAAUGCAUCAAGUAAGAAGCAAAAUGAGAAGGAUGAAGAUGUUAGUUUUCCAGCUGAGGGGGCAGCUAUUGAAAUGGAAAACCAACCAAAUGCUGCACAGGAGGAUGGUUUCAACGAUCUUCAUGAUUUGGACAGCUCACUUGCUUCAUUUCCUAUUAAACCUCUUCAAGCACUUAAAGGCUGUUUUGAUGUUUGUGAGGAUAAUGGGAGUGCGACUAGUCCUAGAACCAUUGUUCAAGAAAAUGGAAGAAGCGAGGGUGAGACUUCAGGUCAAAGUAGUUAUUUACCACGUCAUGUCAUUCCCGAGCCUAAAAAAUUUUUGAGUGGUUCAGUACUACCGGAUAGUGUGCUUUCUCCUAAAAAGGUUAUUGGUGAUGGGGAGAGGGAUCAUCUACAAUUAAAACAUCAACCUGAGCGGAACUAUAGUGGUCCAUUGCUGUAUCGCCAGAAGGGUCAUGCCAAUAACCCUGCUUCUGCUGAGGAUAUGUCUGAAGGAGCAGUUGUCCAACGUAAGGGGCGCUUCAAGGUCACUUCAGCGGACCUCAGUCCCAAGGGUCCUUCGAACUGCUUUUUUGGUCCUGCUUGUGGAGGUUCAGCUAGUCCAGCAACCACAAACCUUGGAGCCACCACUGUUCUCCCAUCAUUACAAUGUAUUCUGCAGCAAAACAGCUUGCAAAGGGAAGAAAUAGUUAAAUUGAUCAAAUAUGUGGAACAGACCUCUGGAACACAAGGGGAGUCCAUUGACGCAAGCAGCAGUGAUCUUUUGCAGAUGCCUCCGGCCUCCGGGAGGGAGAGAGAAUUACAGUCUCUGGUGAUUCAUCUGCAACAGAGUGUCGGGAAUCUCGUUGAACAAUUGCAAAGACAGAAGUUGAAAAAUGCCCAGUUAGAAAGACAAUUGAAAGUUAUGACCAACAAAGACGAAAAUAUUAGAAACGGAAGUGAAGGAUAAUGGCAAUGUCAUGUCUGCAGUCUACCAUUGUCAACCAUACAAUUGCUUCGGCGGAAAAAUAGAAAAUGUUGCUGAAAGAAGAUGGAAGUGUGACGGUGGUGUUGUGGCCACCGCUUGAUGAUUUCGUUGGUGCUUUGAUUGUAUGUGGAAUCUGCAAUAGGAGCAAUUUUCUUCCUCUUCUUUCUUUUGUUGUACUCGUAGUGUACCAUAUGUGUGAAUGUGUGUUAGUGCAGACGUUCAAAUUUUGAGAAUGCUAUUCCUUGAAUCCCGUUGUGUAACAAGUAAUUUAUUGAACUGAUAUUGUAAUUAUAAUUCAUAUUAGUUCAAUUCUCUCUUUUUCUGUUCGACCAAAAAAA